UAGUUUAGGGGGGGAAAAGGAAGCGCAAAGCGGAAAGAACGAAAAAGCAGGAGUGAUCGGCAUCGUAUCGGAGUUGGGAUUUGGAGCAUCGGAAAGAGAAAUGAGCCGAGAAGAAGGCGGUGGAGACGCGGCUGCUAGUAACAAUUCUGCAACAAAGCCAUGGGUAGAGGAAUUGCAGGUCAUCGGAAGCCUUAAAGAUUCGAAAGACUCAGCCAUUCGCUCUGCUCGUUCCCUUCUCCAUAACUCCGCUACCCAUCUACGCUCUUUCCAGGAUUUUCUACCACAAGCAUCUUCCCAGUAUAAAUCUUAUGAGGAUGCCUUUUUCAAUAAACUUAAAGAGGGGGUGAUGAGUGCAAAGGAACACCCAGGUGCAGCUGUUGGGAUUACUAUUACUGCUGCUCUCUUUCUUAUGCGAGGCCCAAGAAGGUUUCUAUUCCGUAAUACAUUGGGUCGAUUUCAAAGUGAAGAGGCAAAAUUUCUUAGUGCCGAGAAGAAUAUAAAAGAGUUAAGUCUAUCUGUUGAUUUGAUGAAAAAGGAGAGCUCUAAGCUGCUUGAAAGGGCAGCUCUUGCAGAAAAGGAUAUGAAACGUGGCCAUAAAGAGCUCAUGAAUGCUGGAGCUCAAACUCACCAUCUUGCCAAAUCAGUUUACAAGGUUGAGGCUGAAGCUGCAGAUUUGAUGGAUGGAUUGCGAGAAAUCCCUGGCAGGGAGGCAUUGAAACUACGAGCAGAGGUUGCUUCAAUGGCAUCGCUUUUGAGGCAGCAGAGGGUUUCACUUGACAAAAGGAUAAGGAAGAUAUCCGAAUUGGGGAUACCUGUCUGAUUGGAAGGAUCUUUGAACUGAUGCUUGCAUUUUCUAGAUACCAUGUUACUCGUAGAGCUUCAACUUAAUUCGGCCAAAAUAAUAUUACGAGUACAAUUGAAUUGUGAGACUAAUUCAUUUUCCCCCUUCUUUUUUGCC